GAGCCUCUGCUUGUGGUUUGUUGAUGAGGACUAAUGUUAGCCUUUAGCUAAUGUUAGCUGCCAGACAUCAACAGGAAGUAGCGAGGACUCUAUUAGAGCAGUUCAGUUCCAAUGUCUUGUACUGUGGCUUCUCCAGGCAUGAACUGCACCAUAGAGAAGGUCCUGGCAGAUGCCAAAUCAUUAGUGGAAAGGCUUCGCAACCAUGACAACGCUGCUGAGAUGUUAAUCGAACAAACAACACAUCUCAACAAGCGAGUAGAGGCCAUGAAACAGUACCAGGAGGAGAUAGAUGCUCUGAACCAAGUUGCACGGCAUCGACCUCGUUCCAGUCUAGUCCUGGGAAUCCAGCAGGAAAACCGUCAAAUUAGGGAGCUCCAGCAGGAAAACAAAGAGCUGCGAACAUCAUUGGAAGAACACCAGUCUGCUUUAGAGCUCAUCAUGACCAAAUACAGGGAGCAGGUGUUCAGACUCCUCAUGGCCAGUAAGAGAGACGACCCCGCCAUCGUCACCCAGCUGAAGGAGCAGCACACUACGGAAAUGCAAGCACAUAUAGACAAGAUCAAUGAGAUGGCCUCCGUGAUGAGGAAGGCAAUAGAGGUGGAUGAGGAGCGGAUAUGUGAAGAGGAGGAGAGGAUUAAACAGCUAGAGCUGGAGAACAACGGACUCCGAGAGCUGCUGGGAAUCAGUCGCGAAGCUUUCCUGGUUCUUAAGAGAGACGACCCAUCAGAGAGCACGUCGCUGUCACCACUGCUCACCAGCGCUGACGUGAGCUUACGGAAGAGUUAGAGUCCAGGAUGAGCCACAACCCCCCCCCCCCCCCCAGUAUACAGAGUGUACAGCCUGUUGCCACAUGCAGGUGUAGAGUCUCCCGGUGCAUUUAGAGCAUCAUGCUCCAGACCUGCAUCCCAGUCUGAUGGUUCAGACAACAAGUGGUGUACCCCGCACAUCUUUUUCUCUUUUGUUUCUUGGUACUGCUGUAAUGUUUGUUAAUUUUGGCAGAAAGGUGCAAGGUGCCUGCAAGGUUUUAAGGUGUGAAUGAGUAAAUGAAGGGCUUGAGUUCAAAUAAAUCUGUAAACAGGAAA